GCAGAAAGAAGAUCCACAACGUUAAUUUCUAGACUCAUUUUUCUAUCCUAUGCAGAUACCUUAAUCGACAAAUAUCCAUCAAUCAUAACCUGCAACAAACAUGGCGAGAAAAAUUGACCCUGGAAAGAGAUUCCUGAGCUUGCCCCAGCUAGCUCGUUACUUGGGCAACACCAUUUAGGUGCACGCCAUUGAACCCCGUGCAGGAAGGAUGCUCAUGAAUAAGCGUCAAAGGAACCGGCACAAGCAUCGCUAUGACAACAACCAUCAGAUCAAGGUUAAGCCGGACCUGAACACGACCUUACCAGUCAGACAGACAGUAUCUAUCUUUAAACAGCCUGUCACCAAGGUGACCAAUCACCCUAGCAACAAAGUAAAGACAGACCCCCACAAGGCUGUCGACCAACCAAGACAGUGUUGGUCCUCAGCUGUUUUGGGAGAGGAAGGUGGUCUGAGUGCUUUUGAAAUUGCAGAAAAGCUGGUGAAAACCAUGGACCUUCCCAGGGGCCUACAGGGUGUUGGGCCUGUGUGUUCAGACAAGACCUUGCUCUCAGCAAUCUCCAGCGCCCUACACACCAGCCCCAACCCUGUCACUGGUCAGCUGAACGCAGCUGUGGAGAAGAACCCUGGGGUAUGGCUCAACACCGCCCAGCCGCUCUGCAAGGCCUUCAUGGUUACCGAUGACGACGUCCGGUAGAGUACACAUAAACCCUGUGGAAGCAGGAGGACCUGGUCCACAAUGUGAGGAGGCUGGAGGAACACUCUGAUGGCGGACAUGUUGGUUCACAUAGAGGAAUCCACCAAUAAGGCAGAUGCUCUGAAGAAGGCGCAAACCUUAGCAGGAGGACAAGGAGGGUGUAUAGCCAAGAGGGCUGCCUGGAACACUGUAUUCUACCCAUACAUGUACAGGAUAUUCACCAGGAUCUGACUAGCAUCGGUCAACAUGAAGGAUCCUCUCUCCCACUGGGAUCUCCACAUAGGUCUUUCUGUCUGGAAGUCGGCCAACUACAAUUUAAUCCAUUCGACCAAUUUAAAUUGAUUUUAGAUGGGAAGGGGGGAAGAAAUUAAGACCUUAGACAAGGCUUUGCAGUUCAAUGUUUCAGUUCUCUUAUUUUUACCCUCAAUAAUUGUCUGGAAUGUGGACAAGUAUGUAUGAUGCUUUAGACAACUUAGUCUUACCUUUUGUGAAUACUCUUAACUCUGUUUCGACCUUAAACUUGCUAAAGUUUGUCUGUGUGCUUGAGAGAGAGGGGGUGUUUAGAGUGAAGAACAGUGUGUUUGUGGGGCACCACUCAGUCCAUUGCAUUUGAAAGGUUCCAUCUAGCUCUGUCUUGUGUUGCCCUGGUUCCACUGUCACUAGUGGAGAAUUAGAGGGGUGCGGAUUGGGCAAGUGACCACAUACUGUAAGAUAAGUUGGUGGCUCAAAAUGGACUUAGCAAAAGACUACCUGUUGCGUCAGGAAUCAGUCAUAGAUAAACGUGCAUCAUAUGACCUGAUAUGUCCUAUAGGUCUUGUUAUCCCUAUCUUAUUUGGUUUGGUGUUCUUCAUACAAUGUAGUCUGAAUAGUCGAAGAGCAGUGCUCUGCACAGCGGUUGCAUUGACUCGCAUGGCUCACAUGUACCUACCUAUAAGUUCAAAAUGGUGCUAAUCUUAGUAGAUGUAUUUUUGCUUUCGUGUUACAUUGAACUGUCAAUAGAUGUGAAGGCUGACGUAGACUGUGCCAUUACUCAGAUAGUUGCCUAUUUGGGAUUUAUUUUUAUUUUUUAAACUUUGUGGCAAGUCACAAUUAUGCUGUAGUUAUUUAACAGAUUUUUAAAUAUUUACGUUAACCUGUUCUUGAUUUGAGGUAGGAAUGCGAAGAUCAUUCACUGUCAUAUGAAGAUGUCUGGAAAAAGUAGGAACCCCCCCAUGAAUUGUAAUUGUUCAAAUUAUGCUUUGUAGUAAAAAAAAAAAAAAACAUUUAGUUUUUCCUCAGAGGGAUUUGUUACCAUUGCCUGUUUUUAAAAUUUGUAAGUCAAACAUCAAGCAAUUAAUUGUUCUAUAACAAAAAUAAAUGCAGUCUUGUCAUGUGUUCUUUUAGAUGCUUGCUAUGUGAGAUCAGCAGACGGAGAAGACUCCUCACCAGACGUGUCUGGUUUUGUAGGCUACUUAGUGGUUCUGUAGGUAGGUCAAUGUGAGCAUCAGAAGUUGAAGCUUGAGUUUGUAUAGCAAUCAAUAAUGGAUAAUUAAUGUAUUAUUCUAGAGACUACAUGGAAUCUGGCAUCUAUUAUUCAGUUAUUGUCCCAUUUGGUCAACCUCAAGGGGUUGACAGGCACCCACACAAUAACGGGGACAUUGCUUUCGCUCUAGACCUUCAGACACAGCUGGUGAUCUUGAACUGCUACCCUUGACAAAAAUGUUGAGGUUGAUAGGUUAUUUUGUCUCCAUUUUCCCAAUAACCCACUCUACCCAACCUGUGACACCAUCUUAGCAUCCAUAACUGUCAAUUUCCCACGACGUUUUCAAAAACUGACACGGAACCAGCAGACAAAUUAUAAUCUACUUUAUCAAUUUCCAAUGUGGAAAAUUAUCCACCAGCACAAUCACUGAGGUAUAAAAUAACAAAAUCGAUCGUGGCGUGCGUGCCUUGGCCUUUGAACCCAUUGUUGUGUCGCGGGUGACGUCAGUUCUGUGUGCGAGACAGGCAGAGCGGCGUGCGCCUGGCGAGACAAAGGCGGCGGACCAGGGAACAGCUAAGAGAAAGAGGUUAGCUAGAUCCAGAUACAAUUUUCGGGAGGUAUGUGCAUUAAAAUGUAAUAAACUACGAACCGAUACGAAAGAUGACGGGCCGCUAAACGACAUCCGGCUGGAAUAGGUUCUCAUCGACAGCCUGUCCCUUCUCAUUCGUUUUUAAACAUUUUCUCCAACGCCCCCCAAUUUAGCGAGCUAGCUAGCAUUAGCGCACUGGUCGCCACUCACCAUUCCUUCAAGAAUCAAAAGAGAGGAACUCAAUAAAAUCGGGAGUUGGCCAAAGG